GAUGGGAUGGGAUAGGAGUCAUAGGACAUAGGAGGAGGAAAGAGAAAGAUAUGUAAGAGAUGAGUUGCUUUAUAUAAAGAAAAAGGGAUGAGAAGAUGGAAGUGGAUGAUUAAUUAGAAGGAGGUCCCAUUUAUGUCCACCAAUAUAAUUUCUAUAUUGUUGUUCCAUUUCUCCAUUCUACUCUUCAUGUUAAUUAAUUAGCUUCUUCUUUCUUUCUAUAUUUAUGGAGGCUGAAACUACUCUUGUCCCUCCCACGGCCACACCACCACCACCACCACCUCAUAAUGGUGGUUUGGAUUGGACAGUUGUAGCGGCGGCCAUCGUGUGUGCCUUGCUAUGCGCUCUAGGGCUCAACACCAUGCUACAAUGCGUGUUUCAGUGUGCGGGGCGUGUUCUCACGCAGCCUCUUCAAUGGAUCGCUUCUCGAAGGCUCAAUUCCGGUCUCAAGAGGAAGGACAUGGUGGCUCUCCCUACCUCAACUUUUUCUUCUUCUUCUUCUUCUUCUGAAGCAGCUCCUAGUAACAAUAAUAAUAACAACUGUGCAAUAUGCUUAGCAGAGUUCAGUGAUGGUGAGCAAAUAAGGUUUCUUCCGCAGUGCAGUCACCAUUUUCACGUGGUUUGCAUUGACAAGUGGCUCCUCUCUCAUUCUUCUUGUCCUACUUGCAGGCACCUCCUCAAGUCUAAUUCUGAUUCUUCUUCGCUCCACUCUUUACAUAUCCUCUUAGCUUAAUUCCUAGCUAGUAUAGGACUAGAUUUUUUACAUGCUUUCCUGUCAAAUAUUUAUUUUCUUAAUUGUUCAAUUAUUAUUCAAUACAUACACUACUUUGGGUAAUGGUAC